CGGGUGUCUGCGGGUGGGACAUCUGAAACCUGCUCAAAAUGAAUUUUUGUUUGCGGCUCGCGCGUUUACUCUUCAUCUCCACGAUAUUCUGCGUUGGUCUCUGUUCCGAAGAUGAGGAAAGGUUGGUGCGAGAUCUAUUUAGAGGAUACAACAAACUUAUCAGACCCGUGCAGAAUAUGACGGAGAAAGUGCACGUGAAUUUUGGACUGGCCUUUGUGCAGCUGAUCAACGUGAAUGAGAAAAAUCAAAUCAUGAAGUCGAACGUAUGGUUGAGAUUCAUCUGGACGGACUAUCAAUUACGAUGGGACGAGGCGGACUAUGGCGGAAUUGGUGUUCUCAGAUUACCACCUGAUAAAGUUUGGAAACCAGAUAUCGUAUUAUUUAACAACGCCGAUGGUAACUACGAAGUGCGAUACAAGAGCAACGUUUUAAUUUAUCCUAACGGCGAUGUUCUCUGGGUACCACCAGCAAUUUACCAGAGUUCCUGUACGAUCGAUGUCACGUACUUCCCAUUCGAUCAACAAACCUGCAUCAUGAAGUUUGGAUCGUGGACCUUCAACGGUGACCAGGUCUCGCUAGCUUUGUACAACAACAAGAAUUUUGUGGACCUCUCCGAUUACUGGAAAAGCGGCACUUGGGACAUCAUCAACGUCCCAGCGUAUCUGAACACGUACCACGGUGAAUUCCCCACGGAAACGGACAUCACCUUCUACAUCAUAAUCAGGCGCAAGACCCUGUUCUAUACGGUGAACUUGAUCCUCCCCACAGUUCUGAUCUCCUUCCUUUGCGUGCUGGUAUUCUAUCUUCCGGCAGAAGCUGGCGAGAAAGUGACCCUUGGAAUUAGCAUUCUCCUCUCGUUGGUCGUGUUUCUGUUGCUGGUCAGCAAGAUCCUUCCUCCGACGUCCCUGGUGCUCCCUCUGAUCGCCAAAUAUCUCUUGUUCACCUUCAUCAUGAACACCGUCAGUAUUCUGGUGACAGUGAUCAUCAUCAAUUGGAACUUCCGUGGACCCAGAACGCACAGGAUGCCGCAGUUGAUCAGGAAAAUAUUCCUCAAGUAUCUGCCGACCAUCCUGUUCAUGAGGAGACCCAAAAAGACUCGUCUCAGGUGGAUGAUGGAGAUCCCGAACGUGGCGUUGCCGACUUCUACUUACUCAGGAAGCCCGACAGAGUUCUCGAAACAUCUGCCAACCUCGUUGGCCAAGUCGAAGAUUGAAGUAAUGGAGUUGUCCGAUUUUCACCAUCCGAAUUGCAAGAUUAACAGGAAGGUCCACCACACUACCAGCGGCUCUAGCGCUGCUGGCGGAGAGGGUUUGGCUGACAGAAGAGAAUCCGAAAGCUCUGAUUCCGUGUUGCUUAGUCCGGAGGCUAGCAAAGCUACCGAGGCUGUUGAGUUCAUUGCUGAACAUUUGAGGAACGAGGACUUGUACAUACAGACAAGAGAAGAUUGGAAAUACGUGGCGAUGGUGAUCGAUCGGCUGCAGCUUUUCAUUUUCUUCAUCGUAACAUCCGCGGGUACCAUCGGGAUCCUGAUGGACGCACCGCAUAUUUUCGAAUACGUGGACCAGGAUCACAUAAUAGAGAUCUAUCGUGGAAAGUAA